CAAUGGCAGUGUGGAGCAGAUGGUAAAACUGUAGAGAUGUGGAAACCUAUUUACUUUCAAUAAUUUAAGUAAUUGUAGCUUUAAAUUAUGUUUCAUCUUAAGAUAUUCUGCAUCCUGUUCUGUUACAACUCAGGAUAUGAACGAGGUAGCUAACCUAUGUAAUAUGUAACAACAAUUACUCAUUACAUGCAUUUUGUGUAGGCAGUAUUAAUAUUUAAAUUAGGUCCUACUUGUCUUCAUAUUUCAGGUCAAGCAGCUGCUUGUGUGACAUCUGUUGCAGGUUGGAUACAAGCGCCAAAUAUGGAACAGGAAGAACGGGCUGGACGAAGACCUCGAAGGAAUUCUGACUCUUUUCUUUGUUUCAAACCAAAUGAGAAUGAGAUAGCCCUGAAGAGGUUAAUGGAAGAAACAGAAGAAAAAUGGAGGAAAGAGAAAGAAAUUCUUGAAUUAAGGAUCACAGAGCUCGAGGAUACCUUGAAGGCGGAAAGGACGAGUAAUUUGAACCAAACUACGACUCUCGGGCGAGCAUUGGAAAGACUACGCAGACAUUCUGACUCUGACUUGUACUACAAGGCAAGAAAAAGGGAGGUUGAACAAACAGAGAACGAACCAGAACGAGCUUUUGAAGAUGGAGCGGAAAUGGAUUUCGACAAGCGUAUGUUCGUAGAGAAUUAUUUACGGAAUAUCCAUGAAACACACAGCAUAACGACAGAGGCAAGUGACAGCGCAAGUUAUGACGGCGGAUGAAUUCGCAGAAUUUAUCCUGUUUCUCCAAAAUUCAUUGAAAAAAAAAAUAGAAAAUCGGGGUGAAGACAGGAUAUAGCAACUUGGGAUCUAUUUCAUUUGGAGAAUGGAUUCUUAGGUUUUACCCCGUUUUUCUAGUAUUUGUUGAAAAAUGGAAAAUUUGGGUAAAGAUACAAUACGGGAACUUUGGGUAUUAUCCACUUGUAGCAUGAAUGCUCAGAAUUUACCUCGUUUUUCUAAAAUUCAUUGAUCAAAUGGAAAAUCGAGGUGAAGAUGGCAUAUGGGAACUUAGGCGCA